AUGGCGGCGCCCGUUAUCAGACACAGCUGGUUCGUUUCCGUUUCUAGGAAAGUGAGGAGUUAUCUCUUUAAUUCAGUUUUCAUCGCCCAGGCAGCGACGUACGGCAGCACAAUGGACUCUCAGAGACCGACCAGGCUGGAGUUUGCGGUGCAGAUGACAUGUGAGAGCUGUGCUGACAAAGUCCGAGCUGCUCUGGAGGGUAGACCAGGAGUGCACUCUGUCAUUGUUGAUGUCAGUAAGGAAGCAGUGUUGGUGGAGUCUGCUCUGACCAGUGCAGAGGUUCAGGCUCUGAUAGAGAGUACGGGACGCAGAGCCGUGCUGAAGGGUAUCGGAGGAUCAGAGCGAGACCUGGGUUCAGCGGUUGCCAUGAUGGCCGGUGUGAGGAACAUCGUGGGUGUUGUGCGUUUCCUGCAGUUGUCUGAGGAGCGGUGUUUGAUUGAUGGGACCAUUGAUGGGUUGGAGCCUGGACCCCACGGCCUUCAUGUGCACACGCUGGGAGACCUCACUCAGGACUGCCUCAGCUGCGGAGAGCACUUCAACCCCUUUGGAAAAGAACAUGGUGGUCCGGGGGAUGCUGAAAGGCAUGUAGGCGAUCUUGGAAAUGUUGUUGCUGGACCAGAUGGAAGAGCCUCAUUCAGACUAGAGGACAGUCAGCUUAAGGUAUGGGAUAUAAUUGGCCGAUCGCUGGUUGUAGAUGCUGGUGAAGACGACCUGGGCCGAGGUAGUCACCCUCUCUCCACACAGACUGGAAACUCUGGGGAAAGACUGGCCUGCGGGAUCAUCGCCCGAUCAGCUGGUCUUUUCCAAAAUACCAAAAAGAUCUGUGCCUGUGAUGGGGUAACACUGUGGGAGGAGAGAGACCGGCCGAUUGCUGGAAAAGGUCGAAGCAUUAACAAUGCAGACACACCUGCAGCAAACCUCUGAACUAACACAAAACAUAUCUGUGGAUCCUUGAAGAGAAAUGAAGAAGACAUUUGCUGAGAGGCUCAGAGCUGAAGUGCAGAAGACAGAGCACUGAAGAAUGCCUUUCCUACAAAGAAAGAUGGCCUUAUCUUCUUGUAAACGCUCUUUGUGGUAAAAUCAAAUCCUCCUGCAGGUGUACUUAGUGUCCUCUGAGGGUUCUAAAAGCACUGAAGCAGAUUAAAACAGCCAGGGACUUUUAAAAAGUCACCUCCGAUUAACCAGCUGUCUGUUUAAGCUGUUAUAUAUUUGUAUUUCCAGUCGCCUCUGACACAGCUGCCUCAUCACUGUCUGAAAUGAUGAGCUCGUAACAUUUGAGGGAUCCGUUUUGGCUGUAGUGGCUGCGAUAAAUGCACUUCAUUUUGCUCUGAAAGUGUCUAAUCAAUUAUGCAAGCCUCUUUAAAAAUAGUAGUAAAUAAUUCUGCUAACAUCCUGCUCUGACGAACACCGCAGUAACUCACUGAUUCCUAACAGAGAUUAAGUAGAAAUUUAGCCUUAAAUAUAGCUAUAUUUUUCUGUUAAAGAAAAAAAUAAGUACAGAAAUAGUACCAAAAAUGUAAUCAUUCUGAGUAAUUUAUCGUCAGAAAACUAGUCUGCCUUUGAUCUGUGUAAGUAUAAAUCUACAUCUUUUGUAAGUGUUUUCAUGAUUAGGAAAAAAAAAAGUAAGAAAAUCUGUUAAAUAAACAACAGAAGUGCCAAAAAGUUAUGAAUAAAAAUGCAAAGUUUCAGCCUUGUAGCGCCACAUUAUGUA